AUGCACUCGAUCUCGAUUCUCCUUGUCUCGCUCUGCCUCGCGGCGACGUCUGCCCAACCCAUUUCGGCCAUUGGGUAUCCGGGCAACCUCUUCUUCGCCCAGGUGCAAACGGACGCGGUCGCCAAGGCCAACGCGCUCCAGCGCGCUAGCAGCAACUUUGCCAACCACGCCGAUAGCAACAGCGGCAACGUCGGCGUCGCCAAGUCGUUCAUUGUGGACAGCAACCAUGCCAACCAAGAGGCCAACGACCGCGGCUACCAGGAUGCAACGGCCAAGAACAAUGCGCUCCAGAAGAACAACGCAGCCACGAGCGCCAACGGCGCAGUGCUCUCACCGUGGGUGCGCCAUCUUCGCGGCAACUGCAUUGGCGAUAGCUGCGGCGGCGGCUGCUUUGGCAACGGCUGCGGUGGUCGCGCUGUGCCGUCGGCCUUGUCUGCUGCCAACAAACACGCCGACGCGCUCAACAAGGGCGACUCGUACAACGAAGCCAACCAAGGUCGCGCCUCGGACGCUCGCCAGCACGCCGAUACGCAGUACAUUGAAAAGUCGGACAUCAACAAGAAGGGCUAUGCGAACGCCAACGCCAAAUCGGAGGCGAACGCCCACGCGCUCUCCAAGAGCAACUUUUUCGCCGCGCAAAACGCCGACCAAAGCCAAGUCGUCGUCGAAAACCCGGGUCUCUUUCGCUAA